CAGUAUUGAACUUUUAGAAUAUGGUAUGAGGUGGAGUAUAUAAAUCAAUCAUUUCAAAUAAGUGUAAUAAUUUUAAAUUUCAGGUGGACGAAAUAUGAACUCAAUUUUGGAUUGAUCUAAACCGAUAAUGGUAGCAAUGACAACAUUCACCACCUACCACGGCGGAGUGAUUGGGCGGCGCUGCCCAUUUCAAUUCCGCCCCCAUGCCUUUCCACUGCAACCUAAGUGGAAGCGGAUAAGUACAUCAAUGGAGGUGGCAAAAUCAUGCAGAUUAACUGCUCGAACAAAUGCCAAAGCGAAGUCAGAAUGGAAUGCGGAGCUGUAUGCAGUCCCCGGAGUUGAAGGGAGCUAUUACUUAAACGAGCUAGACGUAGUGGCGCUUCUUGAUCCACCGAAGGAGCUCAUUCCUCUCGACCCUUCCUCAUACAAUCCCGCUUCUUACCUUUGGAAAAAAAUUGAUGACAUACCGGAGGAAAGGAGACAGCACUUGAUCUCUCUGUUAAAUCCCAGACUUAUAUCGAGAGCUUGGGAGGUGGCUGGAACGCGAUACGAUGAUGCCAAGUUAGCAAAGAGAAGUGCUUCCAGCUUGCUGUCUGAUGGAGCCACUGCAGGUUCUCUCGAGCUGUGGAAUAUCCGAACAAGUGGAGAACCGCUUCAAGUGGCUUGGAUGGGAUUGUCCCAGAAGGCAAUUUUUUGCUGCUCGGAUGGGAAUGUUUAUGGUCGGCUUAUUGGAGAAAACCUGCUAUCAGGAAUCGUAAAGUCCGUCUGCCCUUUGUACUUCAGCAUUAGAGAAACCAACGAAGUGAUGUCAACGGAGCAGCCUUGUGAUUUAGCAUAUGAAUUCGGAGAUGGAAUGCUGAAUCUUCCAGAAUAUCCGCAAGAAUAUCCAAAACCAGCAAAACAUCCAUGGCCGUUUAACGAUCAAGUCGUGAUAUACAUACGCCACGUGGGUCCGGGAGUUAUGGUGGGGCAGGCAUGGCAAGAAGGUAGAUCUUUGCAACAAGUUCCCAAGAAGCUAUGCAGUGAGAUCUUGAUGGUUAAAGCUGUCAGCAGCAAGAACUGAUAUUCUUGUUAGAAAUUGUUGCGAAACAUGUUGAAAAUCACUAAGAUUUAUGCUAAGAGUUUAAGUGAAGUAGUUUUUCCAA